GUGCUACAUAACGCAGCCUUCCUUGGUUUCGACACUCACUCAGCCGCGCUUCUUCAACUUUCGGCGCUCGCGAGUCAUAGUGGUAAGUAGAACCUGGGAAGACCAGUUGUGGGUCCACCACGUGCCUGUCCAGGCUCAGGGUCCGGCGCAGCAAUUCAAUUUCUCUUGUCUCGGCAUUCCCUUUGGAUGGAACCCAGCUCUGGCAGCAGUCUCGCAUCUCAGUACGCCCUCCACCAUGUCCCAACGUGUGUCCAUAUCCACAGAACCGCGCGAUGAGGAGGAGGCGCCGGGCUUCGAUCAGCCGCGGAGGGGGCGCGGCGACCUCCCGCCCCUCGACACCUCCGAUACUCAGUCAAGCAGCUCGAGUCCCCCUGCGUCCCCCGGCUUUGAACCCUCGGACUCGACCGCCGCGCUCAUCCUUGUGCACGACGACGAGGAAGAACGGGACACAGGCUUCGAUUUCGCGUACGAUUCGUCAGGGGAAGACGACGAGGAGGACGACGAUGGGGUCCCCCAGGGUCAGCCCGCCGUCUCGCCGUUCAUGACGUUCGUGUACCUGCUGUCCCCCGGGCUCAAGCUUGGCGCGCUGCUGCUGCCGGCGACGGCGGGCACGACGCUCAGCAGGCGCGUCACCUCCGUCGUCGCCUGCGCCGCGCUCUCCAUGAUCGCGCGGCAUGUGUGGUACAUGCUCACGCGCUACUACUGGAAGGGCGCGAAGGGGGACAUCGGCAGGCUCAUCAUCCACGCGUUCACCAGCACGCGCGGCUCGACGCUCGCGCGGCGGCGAUAUAGAAGGAUCGAGAGCGUGCUCAGGAUAUGCAGGUGGACCGUGGGCGUGCUCAUGGCGGGCGUCUAUGUGCGAGAAUCCGCCACAUGCCUGCUCCGCACCAUCGCCAUCCACCCCAUCCUUAUCAAUGUGCUACUCACAUGCGCCGUCGUCCCCUUCGUCAUGUAUCCUGCGAACGUCGCGAGCAAGACUGUCAAGUCGACAACCGUGCUUUCCAUCUUCAGCUACAUCGUCUGGUUCUCCCUCCAGUGCUACACCUUCACUCACUCGACCGGUCCUGUGGAGCCACAACAACUUGGCGUCCUAUACAACCCCCUAUCUAUCCCACUCCUUGCCUACGCAACCACGCCUGGCCCCCUGCUCUCCCUCUACGCCUCGCUCAAGGUCAAACCACGGCAUCAUGUGCACUUUCGCCUUCCUACUUCCGCCUCGACCACUUCCGACGCCGGAAUCAGCACGAAGAAGCCGCGCUUCCACUUCCAGUGGAGCUCGUUCAAAGUGCUAUCUGCGUUGGCGAUGCUAUUCUCGCUCGGUCUCACCCUACCUAUCGCUAUGCUGGUUGCCGGAGUCGAGCGUAAAGCCGCCCGUAUGACAUUUUCGCCCGAUCCUGUCAUCGCGCUUACCGGCGCACUGUCCCUUUAUUUCGGCAUCCCCCUCAUUCUCACCUCUAUCCCCACGCUUGCCUUCCCUACGCCAGCGUCCCUCCGCCGCGCGCUACCGCCGGCAUCCGUUGUCUCGCGCGUGCUCACCGUUCUCGCUAUCGCCCUUGUCGCGCUGGUCCCCCUGCGCUGGCCGCUCAACGACGCACUCCUGGUGCUCGUUGCGCUGCCGAUGUACUUCCUCCCCGCCAUCCUGCACAUCACGACGCACUUCAUCAAGCGCCCAAUGGCCAUCGUCGCGCCGCAGACGCCGCGUGCGCUGCCAGGGUCUACGGACGGCGCGCAUUCGCCACUGACGCCCGACGAGUCGGCGCUGUUGCAGCGGAAGGAACACGCGCUGCAGCUAAAGCUGCUGAAGCGGCGUCUGGUGUGGGAUGUCCUGGUUUGCGGUGUACUGGUACCUGCGAGCCUCGGUGGACUAGCAUGGGUGGUGUACGCGAUCGUCGAGUCAUUCAGGUGACCCUCGUCGUAGCCAGAAAAGAAAGAUGGGUGCUAGCAGAUUCGUUUCUUUUUUCCCGUCCCUUGCUACCCCCAGGGGCUGACAUCUUGGACAGUUUUUGUUUUUGUAUCCGAUUCGUCUCUUGUAGCGCGACUAUAGGUUGUAUCGGGCUCUAUGCCCUACCCUUGGACCCGGUGUCCUGUCUACACGCUAUCUGCCUCUCAUCCGCGUUCCGAUUGUGCUCCGCUUGCAUCCUUUGUGAUCCGUACCCUCGUACGCUCCUUCGCUGCUGCAGCCUCCAGGGACUUCUAGCGACGCUCCUUAGAAUACCUUCGACUUCGCUGUUCAAUUGUACAUUAUUUCGGUAUAUAGGUAUAUAGUCCUGUAAACACAACAAAGCAAAAAAGCCAUCCUCACAAGUCGCUGGCAAAGGUC